UACCCUGGUUAAUAACAAGGAUCCGGGCUACCUCCCCUCAUUUCCGCAAAAGCACACGAGCACCCUGAGGUGAAAAGUGGUGUCUCCGAAGCGGUCAUCGGUGGCUGUGUCUGUUGAAUGCUGAAGGAGCGGAAGGAUACAUUGAGAAGGGCGGUUCUCCAGUUGACAGGAGCGACAGUACAAGCGAAGAGAAGAUGUUGUUGUGGAGAGAGGAAAUCUGUGCCCAGAUUGCAAUUAAUUUUACACUGGAGACGCACUUAUGACCCGUGGUGCUUUCUUGUUUUUCUUUUUUCUUUUUAAAGUUUCUGAACGAAUGCGUAAAUACUGCUUCCGUGAAGUUGCACCUGAUCCAGCCACCGUAUCGUUGUCUUCUUUCCGUUGAGGGGGGGAAGAGAGAGAAAGAGAGAAAGAUGGAUGUAGCCACCCGUUUACUUUAGUGCCCGAGCUGUCCAGAUUAUCAGCAGUAGUACAGCAUUAUGCUUGGCCACUGAAAGCACGAGUGUCACCUGGCAAGGAUGCCCGUGCAGGCAGCUCAAUGGACAGAAUUUUUGUCUUGUCCUAUUUGCUACAAUGAAUUUGAUGAGAAUGUGCACAAGCCGAUCAGUCUUGGAUGUUCACAUACUGUCUGCAAAACCUGCCUCAACAAGUUACACCGCAAGGCAUGCCCGUUUGAUCAGACUGUCAUCAACACUGACAUUGAUAUACUUCCUGUUAACUUCGCUCUUCUCCAGCUAGUUGGUGCACAGGUUCCCGACCAACAGACAGUAAAUUUGAGUAAUGUGGCAGAAAGUAAACAUUAUGAGGUAUCAAAGAAAUGCAUUGAGGAACUGGCUCUCUACCUGAAGCCCAUCAGUGGAGGAAAAGGUAUUGCAAGCUUGAACCAAAGUGCAUUAAGUCGACCAAUGCAGAGAAAACUGGUGACACUAGUGAACUGUCAGAUGGUGGAAGAAGAGGGUCGUGUCCGGGCAAUGAGAGCUGCCCGAUCUCUCGGAGAGAGGACUGUAACUGAACUUAUACUACAGCAUCAGAAUCCUCAGCAACUUUCUGCUAACCUUUGGGCUGCUGUUAGAGCCCGUGGUUGUCAAUUUCUGGGACCUGCCAUGCAGGAAGAUGCUUUAAAGCUAGUUCUUCUUGCACUGGAAGAUGGUUCUGCCCUUUCUAGGAAAGUGUUGGUCUUAUUUGUUGUACAGAAAUUGGAAGCCAGAUUUCCACAGGCAUCUAAAACAAGCAUCGGGCAUGUUGUACAGCUUCUGUACAGAGCGUCCUGCUUCAAGGUCACUAAAAGGGAUGAAGAUUCCUCGCUUAUGCAGCUUAAAGAGGAGUUUCGAACGUAUGAAGCAUUACGCAGGGAACAUGAUGCACAAAUUGUUCAUAUUGCAAUGGAAGCAGGGCUUCGCAUUUCACCAGAGCAAUGGUCCUCUUUGCUGUAUGGAGAUUUGGCACACAAGUCACACAUGCAGUCUAUUAUUGACAAACUUCAGUCUCCAGAAUCCUUUGCAAAGAGUGUUCAGGAACUUACAAUUGUACUGCAGAGAACUGGGGAUCCAGCAAAUUUAAACCGAUUAAGACCUCAUUUGGAGCUUUUAGCAAAUAUUGAUCAUAAUCCAGAUGCAGAGCUCCCAACAUGGGAACAACUGGAAAAUGUUAUGGUGGCAGUGAAGACUGUUGUACAUGGUCUUGUGGAUUUCAUACAGAAUUUCAGUAAAAAGAGUCAUGAAACACCACAGCCCCAGCCAAACAGCAAAUACAAAACCAGUAUGUGUCGAGAUCUGAGACAGCAAGGUGGUUGUCCUCGUGGAGGAAAUUGCACAUUUGCUCAUUCUCAGGAAGAACUAGAAAAAUACAGAAUGAGAAAUAAAAAAAUCAGUACCUCUGUGAGGCCAUUCCCACUGUCACAGCCAUCUUUUCUCAACAAGUCUGGAAUAAACGACAGUGCAAGUUCUACAGCAGGGACAGUAAUUUCUAUUAUUGGAAACUCUGAAAAUAUGGUAAACAUGAUCCGCAGCGCCAAUGGAGUUGCGCAUACCGAGUGUAGUGCACCCCAGCUUAUUUCCCGAGGGCCAGAUCCUCCUCUAGAAGAGUUAAAGAAGCUCACUAGGGCUGGAUCCAAUGGUCUGACUGCAUCUGGUUGCCUGUCACAGUCACCUUCUGAGAACUCACCUCCGAAGACUCCUGUAAACUCCACUGUAACUACCUCAAUAAUCAGUUCUUCUACUGCAGUGGAUGUAAAUUCAGUACUUCCAAAAUCUGCACAGUUUGUAUCAAGAUCAUCUUUAUAUCCUCCUACUCCAUCUGAGAUGCAUUGUCCAGACCUGCGUGCACCAGUGUCCUAUGAUGUACCACCAUACCCACCAAAUAAUUAUUACGCUCCUCCUCCACCACCUCCUCUGCCCCCUCCUACUGUUUCAGCUGCUCAGUGUGUCACACGCUUUGUUCGUUCAAGUAAUGUGCCUGACUCAUCUCUCCCGCCAUCAUCAGUGCCCUAUUCAGACCAGUAUGGUCCUUUCCCUCCAAGAGAACGUUUGACGCCUACUCCAUAUCCGCCUCCUCCACCUCCAGCACAGUAUGGCCCCCCGCCUGUGCACUAUGCCAGUAGACGCUUGUGGAGACCUCAGUUGUACCACAGAGACGAUAUUAGGAGUAACUCAUUGCCUCCAAUGGAUGUAAUGCAUUCUUCAUUAUGUCAGCAGCCUCCCCUAAGAGAACGAUACAGCUCACUGGAUGGAUACUAUUCUGUAGCAAAUCAUGUACCCACUGACCAGAGGACAGUAACUUUACAAAGGGACUCUUACAAUCGAAUCCAAAUGGGAUAUGAAGAGCCAUUUAGACGAAAAACAGACCAGUGGACUGUAUACCACUCUCAGAAACCCCCACCUCUUGUAACUCCAUCUCAUCCACCUGCAUCACAGUCUCCAUCCCGUUCAUCCCCACUAUUUGAUAUGGAAUUCAGUUCUGAGUUUCCAGAAGGCUCUAGUGACUUUGUAUGCUCUAAAUUAAAAGAGGAUGGCCACCUUUCCCAGUACUCACCAUGGUCUUGUGGUACCAUCAGUACCUGCAUCCAUGCAAAUCAUGCAGAACCCACAGAUGUAGUGGCAAGUUCCAGCAUGGAACUAACGGAUCAUGGCAGCUGUGACAUUAAAAAACAGAUGCACCUGUUUGAAUAUCAAAGAAAAGGGAAAGAUGAAGAUCCAAUUAUUCCUUUUGGUGAAGGCCCCAUCAUCUCCAAGUGGGGUGCAAUUUCAAGGUCGUCACGUACAGGCUACCAUACAACAGACCCCGUGCAAGCAACUGCUUCCCAAGGAAGUGGCACUAAACCAAUCAAUUUCAGAGACUAUGGUCCAUAUAUUCAUCAUGGAGAUUCAAAGUGGAGCUCAUAUGGAUCAGACUCAUCGAGUUCUUCAAGUUAUCUGGAAAGGAAUCACUUAGAGUCUUCUAAUAUUACAGCUCAAAUUAAGACUUACGGUAAUGGAGAGCACUUAAGUGUGGAACUUCAGCAGGCAAAAAGCAAUUCACUGUUACUUCAAAGAGAAGCAAAUGCUUUGGCCACCCAGCAUAAAUGGACAUCAUUAGAUGAUGAUGAUGACAUUGAUGACGAUGAAGAAGAGGAGGAAGAUGUAGAAAAACAUAUUUCCUUUGGUCUUCUGAACAAAGAAAUAACUGUUGACAAUGAACAGUCAGUGUAUACUGAAGAUUCAGUAGAUGAGAAGUCAAAUCAAGAUAUUGAACUUGAGCUUUCAGCACUUAGUUGUGAUGACCCAGAUUCUCACAAAAAGGAGAUUCUUUGUGUCAGUACUUGCAAAAAUGAGCUCUCGAAUGGAACUGGGAAUGGAGACCAGAUGAAGCAAAACAACAAAUCUUCCACCAAUAAGUUGGGGAAUCGUCUAUUAAAGCAGAUUGCCCCUAAUAAAAAAAAAAAAGUGAGCCUGGUCAACAGUUCAUGCGUCCACAAGACUGCAACUUCUACAAAUGGAGUGAACUCAGCUUCUUCAGUUAUGAUCAGCCAUUUGGUGGCGAAAUCAGCAGCAUUUGGGAACCCAGAGGACCCAUCUCAAUGCAUAUCCAAUGGGGAGAACCUUCUGAACAGAAGUUAAAAGUUUUGGCUAUGAGUGUCAGCUGACAGACAGCAUUCACAGUGUGCUCUUUAUGUGUGUGUGUGUGUGUGUGUGUGUGUGCGCGCACGCAUGUGUGUGUCUGGACGCAUAUACACACACUCACUAUCAUUAUGUGUGGGUCUGUAUGUGUGUAUAAUACUUGCAGUCACAUGCAUAUAAAAUGAAAAUAGUUUUUACAAAGAAAUAAAAUUAGUGUUGUUUUUAUUUUUAUUUAUUUAUUUUUUUUGAUAUUCUAAUCAAAAAAAAAAUCCCUUUUUUUUCCCCUGGAAAAAGACAUUCAUUUUCCAUUAUGCUAGCAGUUGAGGUGCUCUUUUACCGGUAAUUCGUAUCUAAGAGCAGCUUUAUGGUGCAGUGACUGUGCCAUGUUUGAAAAUGAAUGGCAAAUUAAACUGUUAGUAAACUAGCAGGACCCCAAAGUGAAGUAUUUAGUGAAAGUAAUAAAGCUUUAUUUUCAUGUUUUAUGCAAGCUUUAUUUUUCUCAUAUCAAUAUUUAACACCAUUGGUUUGUUUUUUUGAUGGCACCUUUGCACAUUUUAUUAAUAUUUCCUUGCUUUGUUGUUGAAAGGUAAAUGCUUGCAUUGUAUAUCUGUGAUUAAAGAGCUUCAUUUUGCAGGACUAUACUGUGUUAAUAGAAAAAUGUACUUUAUGUGUACAUAUAAUUUAAAAAUUAAUGUUGUGAAAUGACAACAUGGAACAAAAAAGACCACCCAUGUACAUUGUAAUUUUAAAUAAUAUUUGUUUAGAGCCUAUAAAUAAUGUACUUAUCUGAUGUUAUAUUUUGUACAGAGGAAUAGAGGAAAGGUUAAAACCUUUAAAAGAAUAUAAUAGUGUACCCCACUGUUGUCUACUUUGUACAAGCUGUAUUGUAAAGCUCCCUAAUUUUCAAUUUGCACUGAUUCAACAUGCUGAUCAUUUUGUUUGUCUGAUUUAGGGCCUCUAAAUAAUUUGUGAAUGAAAUUAUUUACAUGCCUGUGUGUACUGUAUUGGCUAAGUAUUAACAGUGCUGCAAAAAACAUACGACUGUCAAUUCUGCUGAAAGCCUCAUAUUUACUGUAUCAUGCAGGAGGAACCCAUUGAACGUUUACUGUGAUUUAUGCUCGUAGAUCAUUUUUACAUAUGGGUUAGCCUUGUUGUUUUUUGCAAAUAAUGUUACUUACCGUAAAGAAAUCACUUCUUCCUGUCAGGUUCAACUUACAGCUUCAUUUCUGUUUUCUUUUGACACCACUAAAUGUUUUGACUAACAUUUAAGGAUCAAAACACUCCAAUUCCCAAAUACUUGAAAAUAUGUCUAGUGCCCCAGUGAUGUGAACAUUUGUGGUACACCCCAUAGAGUCAGCACUGGUAAAAUGACUAGACUUGCAGAAGGUCAUUCUGUCCAAUGACCACAUACUGGAUUGCUCUUUGCAGUCAGCUUCUGACAAGAGCUGUUUAAAAUGGCCUUGCCGCCUAUCCUCCCCCUGUCCUGAAUCACUGGGGUUAUAAAACUUAUUGUCUGCAUAAAUGACCUUUUACGUCAUAGCCAUGCAGUAUAAGUGCUUGUGGUGCUUCCUGGGCUGCAUUUUAAUGUUUAUUGUAAUUCAUUAAUUCAUCGAUUUGAAAUCCAGUAUUGUAUCGAUGUUAGUUUUCUUGCUGAUCUGCAGGUUUGAUUGACCUUUUAAUUUCUUGAAGGGUGCGGUUUUGCAUAUGUUUUAUUUAUUUUCAUUCUUCAAAUUUUAAUAACUUCUGUGAAGUUGAUUAUUGCAAAUAUUGUACCGUUUGUUUUAAACUUCCAUUGAUUCUCUUUCACUAGGUUUUUUUGCAAGGGUCUUCCUGCUAGUUAAUCUGUGUGUGUGUGUAUAUAUAUAUAUAUAUAUAUAUAUAUAUGCAUAUUUAUGUAUAUACACAUAUAUAUAUACAAGAUCCUGUUACUGGUCAUAACGUUUGUUCAGUUUUAUAAUGAUUGUAACCGAAUUGUGAGUUGUAGAUUUUUUUUUGUGGUUUAGUUUUGUUCACUCAGUUGUAGGUAGCAAGUUUUCACCUGAGGGCAAUUAUAUUCUGCAUAAAAGAAUUGAAAAACGUAUAAUUGCUUAAUGUGAAGGCGUUGAGCAUAAAAGGACAACAGUCCUGUUUAUAACAGGAUCAUAAUUAUGCAUAAUUUUGUGUGCAUCAACUUGAUAAACCUCUUGAAAAUGAUAUACGGUAUGUGUUUUUGAUAUAUCUUUAUAGUCCAUAUUAACUAAGUUAAUGGAUAACCUAGAAUUAUAUUUGCUCUUGAACGUAUUCAAACAAAGUUUUGAAAAUUUUACUGCUCCAUGCCCAUGUCAGUUUUUACAGAUCGCACUAAGGGGCCUGGGAACUUUUUGCCACAUGUAGUUUGUCCAUCUUCUCCACCCUCAGUAGUGUCCUGGCCACGCCUUUCAAUUUAAUUUUUGUAAUGGCCAGGGAUUAAAGCUGACACUACCUAAUGAGCCACAGAGCUGUCCUAAUUUUGUGUUUUGCUUAUUUGUAUUGUGCUGUUGGAUUUUUUUUUUCUUCAUGUUAUGUUAUUCAGAUUGCAAUAUUUAGAAAAAGUGCCAUUUUUGUUAGGGUGAUCCAUAAAGUUGCUUAAUAGCAAUAUAGUACAUUAACAAAAAAAAAUGUUUAUGACUAGGUGUUGCGGGGUACAUUUGGCAUCUAAUGAAACAGUAGUAUCCAGUCAAGUUUACUAUGUUUUAUACAAAAUAUUUUGUACAAAAAGUUUCUUUCUUAUAUGUUUGUUGCUGUCUACUGUUUGAACUUGUUAUGUAACGUGUGCCUCUUUUUUCUUUAGAAUGAAAUUGGUGGAAUAAUUUACUUCAAUUCUGAGAUCUAUCAAGUUGAUACAAACUCGUGAUUGUAAUAUGAGUAUCUAUUUUUUUCCUUUUGUCUAUGCUUUGAAUCAUAGAAUGGUACAGCAUGUUGAGGCACUGUCACUGUAGCCCCUCAGGGAAAGCAACAAAAAAACAUCAAGCGUGCCGCGAAGCUACUGAGGAGAUCUUCGGCUUCUGCCAAAGGAGAAUAUUUCUUACACAAAGUAAUCUUGUAUUUCUGGCAUCUUAAUGCGUUUUUUGCUGUGCUGGAGGGAUCUAGGAUAACUUUUUUGUAUACUGGGUUCUUUUGAGAGUAUUUGCGCGCAUAAUUGUUGGUUUUGUACCUGUCAGCCUUACUGUGCGUGUGUUGGUAGACCAGGCUGCCUCUGGUUCCAUUAGCUAAUCUUGAUUUCUUCACAGUGUAACUUGAACAAAUCAUCCCUCACGUUACAGGUUGUCAGGUACAAAAAUAAAUCCUCUUCUUUUUUAAAAUAAAAAGUUCUAUAAGAUGGUGCAGUACUGCUUUACAAGUCAAUUGCACACAUCCCAUAAACCCAUCCAGUAAAGGCCUCAGUUAAUGCAAGGCAUGGAAAUGCAUGCAGUUCCUUCGCUGGGCAAACAAGUACAUUAUAUCGUAGUUGUGAUACAACACUUGUGGCUUUCAUUUUGUACUGCACAUGUCCAAUAUACGGCCACUUGAAGUAUUGUGGUUAGCUUGCAGCAUUUGCUGUCUGCAUUUCUACUGUUUUAUCGCGUAUUCUUUUCCCUGGAGAUGAAAAAAAGUCUUCUUUUGUAUUGUUUGAAUUUUAAAAAUUUGCUUAGCUGGACAAUGAUGGGAAAAGAAACCUGUUUGUCAAUUGUACAACCGAUUGUGGAGCUCGAGUGUGAAUACUUUUUACGUCUGUAUUAGACAUUUUCUUUGCAAAUCUAUUGUUCGAUUGAAAUGUAAAUGAAAUAAAAGAUGGUACACAUCCGUCAUGUAUAAAGCUGGCACCAUCGAUAAGAUGGAUUUAAUGCUCAUUUUUAUGACAUAUAUUCAGCUAUAUUUAAAACAAAAUAUAUAAUUUAAAUUCUUUUUAAGAAAAAGUAACAAAAAUGGGGAACAUUUAUAGGAAUAAUUUCUAUUCCUCGUCUUUAUUUUAAACUUGCAAGUUGUAGUUUCCCGUAUUAUUGUAUGAUUUGGAAAGCUGAACAAUUGAGUCAGUCUUGGUUUGUUUGGUUUUUUUUUUUUCUUUUGUUUUUUUUUUUUUAUAUCCUUUUUUUUCUUCUUCGUUUUUUUGGAGAUCUGUAAUGACAAAGAAUUUUCUUCUUUGUGUUAAAUGUUUGCUGUAGCACUGAAGUACGUACUUGAUCUGUGCUCUUGAGCUAUUCACCAGAUUAGGAUAACCUGGAUUUCAGUGUUCAAAAGAUGGCUGGUGGGAAAGAUUGCAGUAUCUGAAAAUGUAUUUGCAUGCGUAAAAUAAACAAAUAUUCAAGA